UAGGCUCCCAUUGUAGAGGAAGACAAUGUGGUGGGAUUUGAAGAUGAGGCAAAAACUGUUACUAAUCUACUCAUGGGAGGACCUGAUGAACUCGAAGUUAUAUCAAUUAUUGGCAUGCCUGGCCUUGGAAAGACAACACUGGCAAAAAUGAUAUAUCGUGAUCCUAAAAUUGAAUAUGAAUUCUAUAACCGAGCAUGGGUUUAUGUUUCUCAAGAAUAUAAUAGAAAGGAAGUGUUUCUCAAUAUUUGGAGUCAUUUUGCUAAGCCAAGUGAUGAGAUGUAUAAGAUGAAUGAUGAAAAAAUAGCUAAGGAACUUCGUGAAUUCCUGGAGAAAGGGAAGUAUUUAAUUGUCAUGGAUGAUGUCUGGACUGAAGAUGCCUGGAAUGAUCUCAAAAUUGCUUUUCCCAGAAAUAAGAAGCGAAGCAAAAUAUUACUGACUAGUCGUAUCAGGAGAGUGGCUGUGCAUGCCAACCCCAACAGGGAGCCCCAUAAUUUGCGUUUUCUAAAUUCUGAUGAAAGUUGGAUAUUACUCCAAAGAAAGGCACUUGGUGCAGAGGAAUGCCCUAAGGAGUUGAUACAACCUGGAAGGCUUAUAGCCAGAGAAUGUGGCGGACUACCGCUCGCACUAGUGGUGAUUGGAGGAAUUCUAUUGGAAAAAGGUACUGAAAGUUAUUGGUGGGAAAAGGUUGCUCAAAGUGUGGAUGCGUAUAUUGCCAUGGAUCAGGAGAAACGUAUGGACAGUUUUAUAACUUUGAGUUUUAAUCACUUACCUUAUUACUUGAGAGCAUGCUUUCUCUACUUCGGGAUGUUUCCAGAAGAUUGCCAAAUCCCAGUGUGGAAAUUGGUUCGUCUCUGGAUCGCUGAAGGAUUCAUACAACAAAAGGAGGGAAUGAGCUUGGAGGAUAUUGCAGAGGAGUACUUAGACGAUCUUGUCAACAGGAAUUUAGUCAUGGUUGGAGAACGGAGGUCAAAUGGAAAAGUUAAAACAUGCCAUGUUCAUGACAUGCUACACGUGUUCUGCAAGAAUCAAGCUGCAGAGGAAAACUUCUUCCAAGAAAUUAAACGGUUUGAUCAAGUUACCUAUUCGUCUUCCAAUCCUUACUUGGAAUCGUAUCGUCGCCUUUGCAUUCAUUCCCGUGUUUGGAGUUAUAUCUCUUCAAAACCAUUUGGUCCACGUGUUCGGUCUUUCUUGUGUUUCUCUUCUGAAGAAAUUAUUCUGCAAGCUGAACACACUUCCUCCAUCCCUGGAGCAUUUAAAUUGCUCAGGGUUUUAGAUGCUAAACCCAUUUUUUUCACUCGUUUUCCUACUGAUCUAGCUCAACUCGUUCAUUUGAGGUAUCUUGUUCUGUCCAGCAAUUUCAAGAUCCUUCCUUCUCCCAUUUCUAGCCUUUGGAACAUGCAAACUCUUAUAGUUGAGACUUCAGAACGAACCCUUGAAAUCAAAGGAGAUAUAUGGAAGAUGAUUCAAUUGAGGCAUCUAAAAACAAACGCGUCCACAUCUUUACCAGGUCCUCUUGCUAAAUCAAGAAAAAGUAAAGAUGAUUCCCUGAUAAAUGCUAACCUAAAAACAAUUUCUACAAUCUCACCUGAAAGUUGUACAGAAGAUGUAUUUGCCAGAGCUCCAAACCUAAAGAAAUUGGGUAUUCGUGGCAAAUUAGCUAAACUUUUGGAAUCCAAAGGUGUGUCGAGUUUGUUUGAUAGCCUGGGAAAAUUGGAUUACCUUGAAAAUUUGAAGCUAUUAAAUGAUGUAUUUCCUUUGCCUCCUUCGGAAGGCAAACUAGCUGGCCUUCCCCAAAGGUAUAAAUUUCCACCAAAGCUAAAGAAACUAACACUGGCAGACACCCUUCUUGAUUGGAGUCAAAUGGCUACAUUGGGAAUGUUGGAAAGCCUUGAGAUCCUAAAGUUGAAAGACAAUGCAUUCAAGGGAGAGUGGUGGCAGCCAGAGGAUGGAGGUUUCCGUGCUCUCAAAGUCUUGUUUAUUGGAAGGACAGAUUUAGUUCAUUGGCAUGCUUCGACUCAUCACUUCCCAAGACUCAGGAGUCUUUAUCUUAAACACUGCACUAGCCUCGAAGCAGUCCCAGUCAGCCUUGCAGAUGUUUUAAGCCUCCAGAUAAUUGACUUGUACUGUACCACCAAAUCAGCUGCUGCUUCUGCCCGGAAAAUCCAGCAGUGUAAGAAAACGAUGAAAGAUGAGGCUGAGAAGCAAGGCAACAAAGGCAUUGUAUUUAAGCUCUCCGUUUAUCCUCCAGAUCAAUGA